UAAAAUUCGCACGAUUUAAAACAUGUUCCUGUUUAAGAUCAGGCUCUUGUCAGUUUUCAAUUGGUUCGGAGUCUUGUUCAUCGAAGAUCGAGUAACCAAUCCCCUGCCUAUUUCAUCACACCUAUCUCCGUCGCCCGUCGUUGGGAUGCCAACUAACCCGACAACGGUGCGGUAAUAUCUCGACAAGGGAAGAUAUGGGCAACUUCGCUUUUCAUUUUCUGACUCUCUUUCUCCUCUUUUUCCGACCUCUUUUUGCUACUUCGAAUGUUUCGGAGCUUUUCGAAAUCUGGUGUACAGAGCAUGGGAAAUCGUAUUCAUCCGCCGAAGAAAAGCUAUACAGGCUCAGUGUGUUUGCCGAUAACUAUGAAUUUGUUACCCAUCACAACAAUUUGGGCAAUUCUUCUUAUACUCUUUCUCUAAAUUCUUAUGCUGAUCUUACCCACCAUGAGUUUAAGGUCUCUCGCUUGGGUUUUUCCCCUGCUUUGCGGAACUUCCGGCCGGUUCUGCCGCAAGAACCCUCUCUUCCACGGGACGUUCCCGAUUCGUUAGAUUGGAGGAAGAAAGGGGCGGUGACCGCUGUUAAGGAUCAAGGAAGCUGUGGUGCUUGUUGGUCCUUCUCAGCUACAGGAGCCAUUGAAGGGAUCAACCAGAUUAUGACAGGGUCUCUUAUUAGUGUCUCUGAACAGGAAUUAAUUGAUUGUGACAGAUCUUACAAUUCUGGCUGCGGAGGAGGAUUGAUGGAUUAUGCAUACCAAUUUGUGAUCAGUAACCAUGGGAUUGACACCGAGGAUGAUUAUCCUUAUCAAGGUCGUGAUGGAUCGUGCCGUAAGGACAAGCUGCAGAGGAAUGUUGUUACCAUUGAUGGCUAUACUGAUAUUCCUCCAAAUGAUGAGGGAAAAUUACUGCAAGCAGUAGCAGCUCAACCUGUUAGUGUUGGGAUAUGUGGCAGUGAGAGAGCCUUUCAAUUAUACUCGAAGGGAAUUUUCUCCGGUCCGUGUUCAACUUCUUUGGAUCAUGCUGUGUUGAUUGUAGGAUAUGGCUCAGAAAAUGGAGUUGAUUAUUGGAUUGUGAAGAACUCAUGGGGUAAAAGUUGGGGAAUGGAUGGUUACAUGCACAUGCAGCGCAACAGCGGCAAUUCGGAAGGCGUUUGUGGAAUUAACAAGCUUGCUUCAUAUCCAACUAAAACAAGUCCUAACCCUCCUCCCUCCCCUCCUCCAGGUCCAACAAAAUGUAGUAUUCUUACUAGCUGUGCUGCUGGGGAAACCUGUUGUUGUGCAAAGAAAUUCCUUGGCCUUUGUUUAUCAUGGAAAUGCUGUGGAUUGAGCUCUGCCGUAUGUUGCAAGGACGGUCGUCAUUGUUGCCCCUUUGAUUAUCCCAUUUGUGAUACUGACAGGAACCUAUGCCUUAAGCGAACGAUGAAUGGUACACGAAUGGAAGUACUUGAGAAUAGGAGUUCUUCCGGAUCAUCUGGUACUUGGAGCUCUUUCUAAGGUUUGGAUUCUAUGAAAUGGCUUCAUUUAUAGAACAAAUAAAGGCUGCCAUUUCUGUUACCACUUUGUUACCACCUUUUAGCUAUAUUUGAAGUCUAAAGAGGUUCAAUUUGAGAGGCUCCUUGAGUCGUUAUCAUGUCAAAUUCUAGUUUUUUAAGAAGUUCCUUAUGUCAUUAUCUUUCUUUUGUGGUCUAAGAAUUUCCAUUGAUUAGCCUUGGAGGCCUCUUAUCUUGGUCGAGGUUGUAGUUUUACCAAGUUCUGGCUCAUUAUUUUCUUCAAAUUUCUGAUCAGGUUGUUACCUUUCAAGUUCUUAAAGUUGUAUUAGAUUAUAUCUUUAAUAUUAUGGACCGAUUAGGAUCUA